AUGGACCGCCUCAUUCGCCCUGUCGCCCGCCAAUUGUUGCGCCCUGGACCAAGAUACCCCUUCAGAAUUCCUAAAACUCACGCUCAGAGACUCUACACUAUGGGACACAGUGCACCUCAGUUAAAAGACCAGUCCCUCUUCAUUGAGAAGUCAUACAUCAAUGGCGAGUGGGUCGGCGCGAAGUCCGGCGAGACCUUCGAAGUCCACGACCCUGCCACUGGCAAAUUAAUCGGAACAUGCCCCGAGCUCGAUACCGCCGACGUGGAAAAGGCCAUUCAGGCCGCCUCUGAGGCCUUCCCCAAAUUCCGCACAACUCUCGGCCGCGAGCGCGCCCGCAUGCUCCGCCGCUGGUACCAAUUGAUGAUCGAUAACGCAGAGGACUUGGCUACGCUGAUUACAUGGGAGAACGGAAAGCCCCUGGCUGACGCCAAGGGCGAGGUGAACUACGCCGCUAGUUUCUUCGAGUGGUUCAGCGAGGAGGCACCCCGCACAUACGGCGACACCAUCCCGGCCUCCGUGCCCGGUAACCGUGUCAUGACCGUGAAGCAGCCUGUCGGCGUAUGCGGUCUCAUCACACCAUGGAACUUCCCUGCGGCUAUGAUUACGCGCAAGAUCGGCCCCGCCCUGGCGGCGGGUUGCACGGUGGUCGCGAAGUCGCCCCAGGAAACACCCUUCACAGCCAAUGCGCUUGCUGAGCUUGCUCACCGCGCUGGAAUCCCCAAGGGUGUUGUGAACAUCGUCACUUCGUCUAAGAACACCCCUGCCGUGGGUGAGCUGAUCACCACUCACCCUGAGGUGCGUAAGGUCUCCUUCACUGGCUCGACGAACGUUGGCCGCAUCCUCAUGAAGCAAUCUGCUUCCACGAUUAAGAAGGUUUCUUGGGAACUGGGCGGCAACGCCCCCUUCAUUGUGUUCGAUGAUGUCGAGGACCUGGACGCCGCCGUGGCCGGUGCCAUCGCCUCCAAGUUCCGUAGCUCCGGCCAGACUUGCGUGUGCGCCAACCGCAUCUACGUCCAGAAGGGCGUCUACGAUGAAUUCUCCAAGCGCUUCGUCCAGAAGGUUAAGGAGUUCAAGCUGGGCGGUGGUUUCGAAAACGGCACCACCCACGGACCUGUUAUCCACGAGCGUGCCGCUAACAAGGCCCACGAGCACGUCCAGGACGCUACCUCCAAGGGUGCUCAGGUUGUCGUCGGUGGACAGAAGGCCACUGCUCUCGGUCCCAACUUCUACCACCCUACUGUGCUGACGGGUAUGAGCAAAGAUAUGCUGCUUGCUUCGGAGGAGACCUUCGGCCCUGUUGCUGGCCUCUUCCCCUUCGAGUCUGAGAAGGAGGUUGUGGACCUUGCUAACCGUGCCGAGGUUGGUCUGGCUGGUUACUUCUUCAGUGGUAAUGUCCGUCGCAUCUUCCGCGUUGCCGAGGCCCUGGAGGUCGGCAUGGUUGGUGUCAACACUGGUUUGAUCAGUGAUGUUGCUUCUCCCUUCGGUGGUGUCAAGCAGAGUGGCUUUGGCCGUGAGGGCAGCAAGUACGGUAUUGACGAGUUCAUGACCAUCAAGAGUGUGACAUUCGGCGGGAUGGGCGAGCCCUUGCAGGAGUAA